AUGCCGACCUCGAGGACGGUGUCGACGAUUACCGCGCAGACGGAGCAAGGCACGCAUGUGGUUCGCAUCCUGGGGUUCAGCCAGCUAAGGCGCAUGAAGGAGGUCAUCAAUUCCUACAAGUUCUCCGUUGGCGGGCACGAGUGGUUCAUCAAGUUGGUUCUCGAUAGCUGCAGCACAGCAUCUGCAUUCUCCCACCCAGACUGUAUUAUCGCUGUACUCUUGCUCAAGAGCCAGGCCCAGACCAAGGAAGUGCAGGCGUCGUUCGAGCUCAAGCUGGUCGACCUGGCCAGUGGGUCGUCCUUAUCGGUGCACAAGGUUGCACCCAGCUUGUUCCGCCCCGGCUAUGGCGACACCACGGUUACUUGCUGCCAGAUAAAAAAUGACCUGUUUGAAGCCACGCCCUACCUUCAGGACGAUUGCCUCACAAUCGAAUUCAGCAUCACUGUUUUCAAAGGACCACUGUCAUCAGAAACCAAAUCGCUCCCGAGGAUCCGGGUGCCGCCAUCCGACAUCGCAGCGGAUUUCGGCAACCUGCUGGAAACAAUGGAGGGAGCGGAUGUCACCUUCAGCGUCGGAGGGCAGGAAUUCACGGCGCACAGGAUCGUGCUCGCCACGCGGUCGCCUGUUUUCAGAGCACAGCUCUAUGGCCCUAUCAGGGAGGGAGGAACAGGUCCCAUUGUCAUUGAAGACGUGCAGCCAGAUGCUUUCAGGGCCCUUCUCUGUUUCAUCUACACGGAUUCUUUGCCUCCUUCGGAUGAUCUCCAGCCAGAUGAUUACGCUGAGAUGAUCUGCCACUUGCUUGUGGCUGCGGAUCGGUACGCCAUGGAGAGGCUAAAGCCUAAAGCUCAUGUGUCAAAGCAUCCUUUGCGAGAAUCUUACCGUGCAGGAUGUUCCAACCACGCUGGCUCUAGCUGA